CAAUGUGCUCGUCUCCUUCAAACUGAGCGAUAGAAUCCUAGACUUCAAGAUGAACACAAAAACCCUAACUCCCUGAAACGAACUAAAACUGUCAGAACCUCAAUUCGAAAUUUUAUAAAAGAAAAUGAUCAGAAGAAGAAUUUCUUCGAUUCUCUCAACUUCACUCCUCAACUCCACAUUCCAUACCAAGCCGAGUCACAUCUCCACAACUCAUCUCCCGAUUCAGUCCAUACAAUGCCUUAGUUCAGGUCAUAUCAGUAACCGUAGCCUGAGUAGUUCGUUAUUAUUUCAGGGUAUGAGAGCUUAUAGUCUAUUGAGCUUAAAUGAUCUAAGAGACAAGAUUCCGAAAAAGCAGAAGACGAGGAAGGGAAGAGGUAUUGGAUCAGGGAAGGGAAAGACUGCAGGGAGGGGUCACAAGGGACAGAAGGCGAGAGGGACUAUGAAGUUUGGGUUCGAAGGAGGGCAGACCCCGAUGCGACGUCGUUUGCCAAAACGGGGGUUCAAGAAUCCGUUGAGCCUCAAUUUCCAGCCAGUGGGGUUAGGAAAGAUUGCAAAACUUAUCAAUGCAGGUAAGAUAGAUUCUCAUGAACUUAUCACAAUGAAAACUCUCAAGGAUGCCAGAGCCAUAGGAAAACAGAUAGGAGAUGGUGUAAGAUUGAUGGGACGUGGUUCUGAACAGAUCAAGUGGCCAAUUCAUCUAGAGGUAUCAAGAGUGACUGUUAGGGCAAAGGAAGCGGUUGAAACUGCUGGUGGAUCUGUCAGAAAAGUUUAUUACAACAAGCUGGGUUUGCGAGCAUUACUGAAGCCCGAAUGGUUUGAAAAGAAGGGAAGGUUAUUGCCGAAAGCUGCUAGGCCUCCACCAAAACAGAGAGAUAAAGUCGAUAGCAUCGGACGCCUUCCUGCCCCUACAAAACCUAUUCCAUUUUUCAGCAACGAAAAGGAGGCAGAAGACCCUUUAUCCGCAUAAUGAAUCAAACAAUGAGCUUGUAGGUUUUAGCUUAAGAUUUUGUUUUCGAGACGGACAUGCUAUGCGAUGAGAUUUUGGUUCAUGAAAGAUUUCUUGUGUUGCAUGAAGUCUCUAAAUUGUGAAGGGGAAAAGGGGAAUGCAUCAUAAUAAAAUGAGAAAGCCUCUGACUUGUUUUGUAGUUUUGAAAAAAUUACUGCACUGGAAGACUUGAAUUAACUUUUGUAUCAUAUCAGCUUGCAGGAAGCUCAAGUUUCCAAUGCCCAUAUUUUUUAUAAGCAUGCAGGUUUAAAUUGUUUGUA